AUGACGGUGAAAGGGGCGAGUUCUCUGUUCGACCAGCGCCGUCCCAAGGGCAAGGAGAGAGACCUUGAAGCAGGCGAUGGCGAAAGCAGCCAGACAAGCGACUCGAUGCUCGAGUGGGGUGUGGACGUGAGCAGCAAGAUGAUCGGUGGCGAGUCCAUCAUGAACGCUGCGGCCGAGGUGGCCGUCGAGUGCUGCCGCCUGUGCCUGGAGGCCGACGAGUGCUGUCGUCAAUUGUGCUGCGCCGCGCUGUGCUGCCUGCAAGAGCUCGGGGCCUCUCUUCUUGCUACGGGCAACACUUCCGGCUCCUCGCUUAAGAAAAAGCCACUCGCUCCUUCGGCUGACCCACUGACGACGGUGCAUCUGGAUCUGAGCGGGCUGGACUGUGCUGAUUGCUCGCUAACCGUGGAGAGAACCCUCAAGCGAAACUCGGCCGUCGUUGCCGUGGUGGUCAGGUCCGACUUCAGCUUGAUGGCGCUUCUAACCUUCGUCCGUAGUGCCAUGACCAACAAGGCCGAGGUGACUUUCGACGCAAUGCGCACCGAUGAGGCGGCGAUCAUGAAGGACAUCCGGGCUCUUGGCUUCGGGGCUGAGCUGGCUUCGCCCGCAUCAGCUACGCGCCUUCUUAUACGUGUGGCGCCCGUGCCUGGUGCUGGCGAUGGCGACCUCUCCGCGGCACUGGCCCAGCUGAAGUCCGAGCCGGGCAUCGUCAGUGCGGUCUACAAGCGCAAGAAAAAACUCUUCGUCAUCGACUACCACCCAACCCAGGCCAAAAUUAGGACAGCCAUUGAGGCGCUUGAGGAGUCAGGGCUCUCGGUCACCGUCGUCCGCGAUGAGCCGGGCAAAACUCGUGCCCAGAAGCAGGUGAGAUCGUGGCAGUGGCGCUUCUGGGCGAGCGCCGUCCUGAGCGUGCCGGUCUUCUUCAUCUCGUUCCUGUUCCCGCAUCUGCCGGAGGUCGAUGACGCCUUCGACGAGGAACUCACGCAAGGCUUGUCCGUCGGCGUGUUUCUGUGCUGGCUGCUUGCGACGCCCAUUCAGUUCGUCAUGGCGUGGCCACUCUACGGAUCCUCGUAUCGCGCCCUGCGCUACGGCCACAAGGCCAACAUGGACACCCUCGUCAUCCUUAGCACCCUCACGGCCUACACCUACUCCGUUGUUGCCGUCAUCGUGGCCAUGGCCGGCACCGGCUUCGAAGGUGAUUCGUUUUUCGAGACCUCGGCCAUACUGCUGACCUUGAUCAUGCUGGGCCGCUACCUGGAGGCCCUGGCCCGAGGCAAGGCCUGCAACGUCGUCAGUUCGCUGCGCAACGAACAGGCGACCACGGCCCUGCUCCUCAGCGUUGGCAAAAGCGACUGCGACACGACUUCCGAACAGAGCGUGCAGGAGAGGGAAAUGGACGUGGAGCUCAUCCAGCCGGGCGACCUUAUCAAGGUGUUGCCUGGCGCCAAGGUGGCUGUCGACGGGGUCGUGGUGUAUGGUGCGAGUUCGGUGGACGAGUCGUUGGUCACUGGGGAAUCGAUGCCCGUGGCCAAGAGCAUCGGAAGCCUGGUCCUGGGUGGCACCAUAAACCAACACGGCACGAUCCACGUCAGGGCGACCAAGUCAGCCUCGGAGAGCACACUUGCUGCUAUCAGCCGGCUGGUGGAGGACGCCCAGGCCGGCAAGCCGCGGCUUCAGAGGCUUGCUGACGUCAUCGCGUCCUACUUCGUGCCUGCCAUCCUGCUCCUUGCGCUGGCGGUGCUCGCCCUGUGGCUCUGCCUCAGUGCGCUCGACGUCGUCGACACCGACGGCGAUCACUGGGUGCCGUUCUCGUUGCAGUUCGCCUUCGCCGUGCUCGUGGUGUCGUGCCCAUGCGCCAUCGGCCUCGCGGUCCCGCUGGCAGUCAUGGUGGCCAGCGGGGUCGGCGCCAAGCACGGCGUGAUCAUCAAGAGCGGCGCCACCAUCGAGGCCUGUCGACGGAUCAACACCAUGGUCUUCGACAAGACCGGCACGCUCACUCGCGGCCAGCUCUCGGUCGUCGAUCACUGGUGGCUGGACCACACCACAGCCCGGGGGCAGCAAGACGGCGCCGACGAGCCGCACCAGCAGCGGCUGCUGCUACUCUCCCUGAUCGGAUCGGCCGAGAAGGGCAGCGAGCACGUCCUGGCCAAAGCCGUGGUGCGCUUCAUCGAGAGCCUGCCGGACGUGCCCGAACUCGCCGAGCCCGACGACUUCAGCGCCGUCCCGGGCCGCGGACUCUCGGCACACGUGCGCGAGCACGCGGUGUUGGUUGGCAACCGCGCAUGGAUGCAGGACAACGGCGUCGACGGGCUUGGUGACGCCGAGGAGGAGGCAGCUAUUGCCGCGGCGGCGCACGAGAGCGAAGGUAGGACGGUGGUGUGGGCCGCGGUGGACGGACGCGCGGUGUGCGCGCUGGCGCUCGAGGACUCGCUCAGGCCCGAGGCCCGCCAGGUGGUGCAGCGCCUGCAGCGCAAGGGCGUCGAGGUGUGGGUGCUGAGCGGCGACCAGCAGCGCACCGUUCACGCCGUGGCCCGCCAGCUGGGCAUCGCCGAGGCAAAUGCUAUCGGCGGCCUCGUACCCGAGGACAAGGUCGACAAGAUACGAAGCCUUCAACUCAACGCCACCAUCGCCAACAACGACGUGUGCGGCUACAACGUCGACACGCUGAACAAGUACGACGACAACGAUGAUGACAACGAUGACAACGACAAGAAGAGAAAGAAGAAGCGAGCUGUGGUGGCGAUGGUGGGCGACGGUGUCAACGACGCGCCGUCGCUGGCGCAGGCCGACGUGGGCGUGGCGGUGGGCGGCGGCACCGACAUCGCGAUCGCUGCCGGCGACGUGGUCUUGAUGCGCAACGAUCUGCGCGACGUGCUGCUGAUGAUCCACCUCGCUCGCCGCACGCACGCCGUCAUCGUUCUCAACUUCGUGUGGGCCUUUGUCUACAACGCCGUCGCCAUUCCGCUGGCCGCCGGCGUGCUCUACCCCGGCACCCAGUUCGUCAUCCCGCCCGCCGCGGCGGGCCUCUCCGAGAUCCUUUCGUCCCUGCCCAUCAUCAUCUUCUCGCUCCUCCUGCGCCUCUACCGUCCGCCUUCUCAACAACUGAGCUCCGCUUAA